AUGACUAUUUUUGAUUCAGACGAAGAAGAAUUAGUAACUAGAAUUGAAGAUUUCGAACCACCAGUUCAAAUCGAUUCAUCAUUUGCUAGAUAUAUUGUUGUCGAUAAUAUUCCAGUUGCACCAGAAGCCAAACACGAUAGAUUAAAAGCUAUUUUAUUAAAAAUUUAUCAAUCACGUGGUGGUAAAAUUGCACCAAAUGGUAUUACUUUAGUUUUAGACGCUCAAAAAAAUACCAAAGGUUUUGCAUUUAUUGAAUAUACUGAAAAAGAUUCUGAAAAAGAUUCUGAAAAAGAUUCAGCUGUAGAUUCAGCUGCAAUUGCAGCUGCAGAUGCAGUUAUUUCAUUAAACAACUAUCCAUUAGAUAAAGCACAUACAUUAAAAGUUAAUUUAUUAGAGGAUUUCAAGAAGUUUUCAAAUUUCAAUGAAGGUUAUAAACCACCAGCUAAAGAAGAAUUCAAACCAAAACCAAAUUACAAUCAAUGGUUAUCAGACCCACGUGCAUUAAAAGGUUAUGAUCAAUUUGUAACCCGUUAUGGUGAUUAUACAGAUAUUUGUUGGAAUGAAAUGCAUCUUGGUAAACCAGGUGUCGAAAAAUCAUCAGUUGGUUUAACCUCAUCAUAUGUUCAAUGGUCAAAUACUGGUAGUUAUUUAGUUACAUUCCACCCAGAUGGUAUUGCUCUCUAUGGUGGUAAAGAUUGGGUUCAAGUUAAUCUCUUUCAACACCGUGGUGUCCAAUUAGUUGAUUUCUCACCAGAAGAUAAAUACCUCGUUACUUUUGCCCCAGUUGCCACCGAUAAUCCAAAAGAUCCAAAAUCCAUCACUGUCUGGGAUGUUCGUUCAGGUAAAAAAUUACGUUCCUUCCUUGCCCCACCAAAAGAAUCAUUCACAUGGCCAGCUUUCCAAUGGUCUGCUAAAGAUAAAUACAUUGCUCGUCUCAGUGAAGAAAAAACCAUCAAUAUUUAUGAAACUCCAUCAAUGAACCUUUUAGAUAAUCAAGCAUUUUCAGUUCCAAACCUUAAAAUUAAAGAUUUCUCAUGGUCACCAACCGAUCUUUCAUUAGUUUACUUUAUUCCAGCCGCUGAUACCUUACCAGCCAAAAUUACUUUAAUUGAAAUGCCAACCAAAAAAAUUUUAGCCGAAAAGAAUAUUUGGGAUGCUAUCGAUGCUCGUUUCCAUUGGCAAAACGAAGGCGCUUUCCUCUGUGUCAAAACCGACAAGAACGUCACCACCAAAAAGAAAGAAAAAACUCCAACCACCCAAUUCGAAUUAUUCCGUACUCAAGAACCAAACGUCCCAAUCGAAUCAUUCGAAGUCAAUUACCAAAUCAAAGCCUUCUCAUGGGAACCAAGAGGUAAAAAAAUUUGUAUUAUUCAUGGUGAAUUUAAAUUAAAUAUGUUUGUUUCAUUCUUUGAAAUUCAAAAACAAAGUAUCAAAUUAAUGGCAAAACUUGAAAACCGUAAAUUAAAUACAAUCUUUUGGUCACCACGUGGUACUUUCCUUUUAUUAGCUAACCUCGGUGAUACUGGUGAAUUAGAAUUCUACAAUACUCAAGACUACGAAUCAUUCGGUACCCAAGAACACCUUCAAUGCACUGGUGUCGAUUGGAAUCCAUCUGGUCGUUAUGUUACCACCUACGUUUCACAUUGGAAAGUCCAAACCGAUACUGGUUUCAAUAUUUGGUCAUUCAGCGGUGAUUUAGUUUACAGUGUACUCAAAGAUCGUUUCUACCAAUUCAACUGGCGUCCAAGACCAAAAUUCAUGCUUUCAACCAAACAAAUGAAUUCCAUCAAAACCAACUACAAGAAAUACCAAGAAAAAUUCGACAAAUCAGACGAUGAUGAUAACAAGAGAAUUCAACACAUUGAACAACAACGUCUUGAAAAUCUUAUGAAAGAGUUUUUAUCAUAUCUUCAAAAAGGUGAAGCCGAAUAUCAAGCUCAUGAAGCCGAUCGUAAGAAAUUAGGUUGUUAUGAAGAUAUCGAUAAGAAUGAUGUCUACGAAGCUGUUGAAACUAUCGAAGAACUCAUCGAUGUUCAAACUAUUGUACUCAGAAAAACUAACUAA